GCCGAUUGGGCGACCAACACUCUCGUUCUCAAAACGAAGUGUGGACAGAUGUAUCGCGUACCUUUCAUCGGUACCACUACGACACCACACCCCGAUCCUCCUCCCCCGGAGCCUUCCGUGCCCACACCAUCUCCUACGAUCACUGUCACCUCUUCUCGGCAGUUUGAUCACUUCAUUUGACAGGACGACGUCACCUUCUUUAUGGUGAACGUGACGGAUCUCUUACACUAUGAUCCACCCUGUCCCGACGCCGAGCUCAUCCCUCUGGAGCCAGAUCCUCCUUCUAUCUCCAUGGCUCCCAUCUCUACUUCCCACCCUCCGCCGUCUGUCGAGUCUACCCUGCCGUCUCGCGCUGAUGCUGACGCUGAGGAACUCGCACGAUAUACGGCUGACCUGGAGCCCGAAGUUCGUGACCUCGUUCGAGAGUACCACGACGUUUUCCCAUCGUCGUUCUCGUACGCCGCCAUCCGACCGAUGCGCGACAUCGAGCACUCCAUCCAGCUUGUGCCUGACUAUCGUGUUCACCACCAGGCACCCUACAGACUCUCGAUCCUCGAGGCCACUGAACUCAAGCGUCAGCUUGAGGAGCUCCUGAGACUGGGUUUCAUUAAACCCAACAACUCCCCAUGGGGUGCACCCGUCCUCUUUGCUUGCAAAGCGGAUGGAACUCUCCGUCUCUGCAUCGACUAUCGCGGUCUCAACCACUACACGGUUAAGAACAGCUACCUCAUGUUUCGUUCCGAUGAGUUGUUUGACCGCUUAGCGGGCAACCGCUUCUUUACGACGAUUGAUCUUCGUAGCGAUUACCAUCAGAUCCGCGUCGCUGCAGCGGACCAGCCGAAGAUAGCAUUCCGAUUGCGCUUCGGCCACUACGAGUUUACGGUGAUGCCAUUUGGCCUCACCAACGCACCCGCUACCUUCCAGAGGGCGAUGAACGACAUUUUCAGGGACAUCCUGGAGCAGUACGUUCUCGUCUACCUCGACGAUAUCCUGGUCUACAGUCGUACCCUUGAGGAGCACCUCAAACACCUCCGCGACGUCCUUGACCGCUUACGCAGACAUGGCUUCUACGCCAAGCUGAGCAAGUGCCGCUUUGCCCAACACAAAGUGGAUUUCUUACGACACUACGUGUCUGACCAGGGUCUCCACAUGGACGACACGAAGAUCAUUGUUAUUGCGGAGUGGCCCGUCCCCACAUCCGCCAAGCAGCUUCGCAGCUUCCUAGGCCUUACUAGCUACUAUAGUGAUUGUUCGAUAGCCUUCUACUCUCGUCAGCUCCUGCCCACCGAGAUAAACUACACCGCUGAUGUACGUGAGGUUCUCACAGUAGUUUAUGCCGCUCGGCACUGCCGUCACUACCUGCACGGGGCACCAUUCACAGUGCGCACGGACAACUCUGUUGUCCAGGCUUUUCUAACAAAACCGAAGCUCACUCCUCGACAGRCUCGCUGGUGGCGCGACCUAUCCGAGUUUAGUUUCACCACUGAGCACAUCAAAGAUGAGACUAAUCGGAUCGCAGAUGCCUUAUCCCGGCGCCCUGACCACGAUCAGGAGCAAAUCCAGCUCUCUUCCAUCUCGGUCACCACCGUCCACCACUCGGUGAUCGACGAGUUUCGCACUCAGUACCGCCACUGCCCCGACUAUCGCGACAUCCACGCGACCCUUCGGAGUGGCAAGACCGUCCCGAGCUACUCUCUCGGGGACAACGGUUUUGUGUACUGGCACGGUUCACAGGGCACCAGAGAGCCCCGUAUUUGCGUUCCCUCCACUGGACAGCUACGUGUCCGAGUAGUAGUAGAGUUCCAUGACCAGGCAGCCGUCGGUUAUAUGGGCUUCCACAAGACGUUGGCUCGUGUGAGCCGCCUGUACGUCUGGUCGAAGCGCAAGGACUUUGUGAAGGACUACGUCGCAGAGUGUCCCACCUCUCAGGAGGUGAACAGUGCGAACCACUUGCCUUAUAGUUUGCUCCAACCUCUUCCUAUCCCUGAGGGUCGUUGGCAGUCCAUCUCGAUGGACUUUAUCGGUCCUCUUCGUCCUCCUACCCCCCGUGGUCAUGAUGCUAUCCUGGUCGCCGUUGACCGCUUCACGAAGCGAGCACGCUUUGUUCCGUGCCGCUAUGCCAUCAGUGCACGUGAGCUCGCCGACAUCGUGUUUGACCGAGUCGUGGCGAAGAUGAAGGAACUGGAGGAGGAGAUGGAGAAAAAGAAGAAGGCUGUUGAAGAAGCGGUAGCAGAAGAGGAAAGGAAACGCAGGGAAGUAAAAGGAGAGAGUAGUGGCACGGCGAAUGAGGACGCCGCAAUGGAGAAGAAAAUCAGUGAGUGGAUUGCUAAUUUAUCGUUGGGAGAAGAUGAGGAGGCAGAGUUUUAUGUGCCCCAGGACGAGAGGGAUGCGUUAGCCAGUGAGCUAACAACAAUGGAGGACCCUCUGGAACGGCGAGAAAGAGAAGACGAGAAGAAGUUGGAGUGGAAACUGAAGAUGAAGAGGGAAAAGAAGAGGAGGAGGGACGAAGCCGACAUCACCUAUGAUGUGCUGAGUAGAGAAGUGGUCCUGUAUGAGUCAAAGUCCAUGCCAGUGUCCACUUUCUGGCACAAGGACCUGGACAAAGGAAAGAAGUGGAAGGGUCGUACCAUCUCUGGCCAAGUGAGGGCCAAGGAUCAUAUGAUCCUCACGUUAGAAGAGGGUGGUACAGAUGAGAUCCCCUACAGUGAGAUUGAGUGGGGGUUAGAGGAGGAUGACAGCAGCAUAGGGCAGGGGAGAUCUUAUGCGGUUGUCGCGGCUGGAGGGAGGUCGCAAGGUAGAGGAGGAGGCCAGGGCCAAAGGGGCCAGGCCAUGGGAGGCCGAGGACCGGGCGCACAGGGGGUUGGCGGACAAGGGAACCGCCAAGUGGGAGGUAGGGGUCAAGGUCCCCCGCCAAAUCGUCAGGGUUCUUGGCGGUCCCCACAACGACGAGGAGGAAGGCCACCUCAACAGACAGGAGGAUGGCACCCAGGCUUGCCACAAGGCAGGCCUUGGGAAGAUUUGGGCUUGGACCAACGCAUAUGGCAGGAACGCGUGGACUUGGGUCAGUGCGUAUUCUGUGGUGACCCGGCCCAUCUAACUUCAGUUCAGUGGCGGGCCUUGUUAGAUGCAGCCAGUGAUAUUGAGAAACCUUAUCUGCAAGCACUCUUAGACAGUGCAAUCAAAAGGGAACAGGAGACAGAGAAGGAGAGGAAGGAGACCUUGUUGAAAAGGCAAGUGGCCCUCCUAGAGACUGUUCCCUCACUGACUGAAGAGCAGUGUGGGGAACAGUUGCAGUCCAUACUCACAGCCUUUGUUCAAGUCAGGAAUCUUGAGGACCACACCACUCAGAUCGCUGAAGUCUUUGCAAAACUGCAGACACUUCAAGAGGAUCUAACUGAUAUGACCCGCAAGUACCAUGAAUUGACAAAGGAGGUGGCUGACCUGCGACAAGCCCAAGUGGCCAACCCUCUUCCUCUACCCCCUGGAUCAAAAGCUGCGAUCGAAACUACUUCUGCCCCUCUUACUGUAUCUUCUUAUACCUCUUCUUCGAGUGUGAUGGCAACCCCCUCGGGACCUGCAGCAGGUGCAGAUUCCGCUGUUGCUGUAACAAGCAGUGAGGCUGGAACUUCUGCAACUGCUGCAGCCCCAAGACCGGAACCAGCUGCUGCUGGUCCCAACCACGCUGGUCCCUAUGUGUACCGAAAAACGGUACAGAUACCGUUUAAGUACGACGGCAAGGAAGACAUCGAGUCCUGGAUCGGCUCCAUGAGGGCCUACUUUGAGAUUCUGGGGACUCAAACUGAGACCCAAGCGGUGAUCAUGGGAAUGAAUGUCGAGCCGGUCGUACGGGGCUUCCUGGAAGUCCAAGCGACGCAGGCUGGGUUCCAAAAGACCGCACUAGCCAAAUGGCUUAGGACCACCCCGGUUGCCUCCCUCGAGGAUCUCCUUAUCACACAAUAUCAGGAUCCAGAUGAUGCUGCUAGAGUAAGAAUCCAACUUGACAAAGUCAAGCGCAGCAAGUGGAUAGGCUCCAUGAAAAGCCUGCGGACCUAUCUAAGCAAGAUGUUUGCUACUCCUGAUUCGGUCAUCUCUAUACGCGACUUGCGACCGGAUCUUGGUGAUCCCUUUGCUCAUUCCCCACCCCCACCUGUCCCAUUAGACAUCCAAACCCUCCUCGAUCGUUUUCCAGAAGUCCUGGCCGAGCCACGUGGAGUCCUCACGCGACCGGUUCGACACACCAUCGAGUUGGUCGAGGGUGCUAUUCCUCCAAAGGGCUGCGUGUAUCGUAUGGGACCUGGCGAGUUGGAGGAACUCCGGCGACAGAUCGAUGAGAUGAUUGACAAAGGGUGGAUCAAACCUAGUGAAUCUGAAUUUGGUGCUCCUGUGUUGUUUGUGCCAAAGAAAGGAGGCAAACUCCGUAUGUGUAUUGAUUACCGCAGUCUAAACCGCAUCACAAGAAAGAAUGCUUAUCCAUUGCCUCGUAUAGAUGACUUGCUUGAUGCCGCAGGCGGGUGCAAGGUCUUCUCCAAGAUCGAUCUCAAGUCUGGCUACCACCAGAUUGAAGUCGAUCCUGCGGACCAGCACAAGACUGCGUUCAAAACACGCGACGGGCUUUAUGAGUUCACCGUAAUGCCUUUCGGUCUUACGAACGCACCCGCCACUUUCCAAAGCCUCAUGGACAAGGUCCUCCACAAACAAAUUGGCCUGUUUGUGGUAGCGUACCUGGAUGAUAUUCUGAUCUUCAGCAAGUCCAUGGAGGAACACCUCAAGCAUCUUGAGGAGGUGUUCGCUAUCCUCAAGAAGACACAACUCCAUCUCAACUUGGAGAAAUCUGAGUUUGGGAAGGAUAGCGUCAUCUAUCUUGGGCAUCGGUUGUCUGCUGCAGGCCUAGAGCCUGAGGCAACCAAGAUUGAGGUCAUACGCGAUUGGCCUCAGCCUGCGAACAUUCGCGAAUUGCGUUCUUUCCUUGAUCUCGCGUCCUACUAUCGGAAGUUUGUGCCCCGCUUCUCUAUCAUAGCUCGUCCAUUGCCGCGACUAACCAGUAAAAAUGUGCCUUAUUCCCGGGAUGCCAAGUGUACGGAAGCCUUUCCAGCUCUCAAGGAAGCCUUGGAGCAUCAGGUUCAUUUGAGUCAAGUCUUGGAGAAGCUGAGAGAAGCUAACUUCAAGAUUAACGCGAAGAAGUGCGAGUGGGCCAAGACACAAGUCUUGUACUUGGGCCACGUGUUGGACGGAGAUGGCAUUAAGCGAGAGGACAACAAGAUAGCGGCAGUUAGAGACUGGCCGACGCCCCGCACAUUGACAGAGUUGCGGUCGUUCUUAGGCCUAGCUAACUACUAUAGAAAGUUCGUGAGGAACUUCUCUACUAUCGCCACUACCUUGCGCAUGUUGCUUAAGAAAGAGGCAAUCUGGCAAUGGGACAAAGAUUGUACGUCUGCGCUAAAGAGAUUGAAGAGCGCGUUCAUAGAGUAUCCUGUCCUUAAAGUAGCUGAUCCGUCUUUGCCAUUUGUCGUCACCACGGACGCGAGUCAAUAUGGUAUAGGCGCCAUGUUGCAGCAAGACGACGGCAAUGGCUACAGACCCGUAGAGUUCAUGUCGGCGAGGAUGCCCUCAGAAAAGGUUGCUACCUCGACGUACAAGAGGGAACUCUAUGCUCUCAGGCAGGCUUUAGAGCACUGGAAGCAUUAUCUGCUUGGGAGGCACUUCAAAGUAUAUUCUGACCAUGAGACGCUUAUAUGGUUAAAGACCCACGCCAAAAUGACACCUAAGUUGACUAGGUGGGCCGCUGAGAUAGACCAGUAUGACUUCGAGCUCAAACCGGUCAAAGGCAAGUACAACGUAGUUGCGGAUGCUCUAAUUCGUGCUCGACCUACAGUACCUCCACGAACCAAGGCUCAGCAACAGAGACUCAGCAGGCGGACGACUCCAGCGGUAUCGAGUACAGCAUUGACGGUACCGGUUACCACCGGAGUUCUUCCCGCAUGCCCGGUCCAAGGGGCCGGUGAGCCGUUGGCAGCUUACCUUCAGCGGGUACAGGCAUUCACAGAUGCCGUAGCUACCGCAAAGGCACAAGAGGAGGCAGCAGAGGUAGAACGUCAGCGGCUGGCCAAUGAGGUGGCAGCCCAAGCUCGGCACACCGCUGAGGCUGACGCGGCAGCACGAGAUCAACGGAAUGCCGCCAGCACGGAGUCCCUGAUUCAUAGUGAGAAUCAGUGGACAACCUUCCUCCAAGGCAUGGUCUUUGUGCCUUCGGACGCGCAGGCGGAUCCGACACCGGCGGAGGCAGAGAGAACUCACCUGGCUAACUUGAUGCUGGGCAUGAUGAGAGGAAUCRUGUGGAAUAACACACUGCUGCAGGCACAUCUGUGCACGGAACAACAACAAAGACAGAAGUACCAGCAAGACAUUGUUGUUUUAACGGUUGCCAUCCGCGCCAAAGCUUCACAGCAGCAGCAACAACAUCAGCUGUUGAACUCAGCUCUCGCACGCAUCAACAACAUUGAGGCUAAUGCCUCAGCAGCGCCAGGCUGCACGACGGACGCGACGAAGCAGCUCAACGAGCGCAUCGAUCACGUCGUCAAUAUCAUCGRCGAURUAGGCRAUUUSACUAGCCCRGCCACAAUCAGCAGCACGGUGGCCGCCAUCAAGACGGACAUCACCAAGCUGCAGACGAGACCGGACGCCGCUACGAAGACUUACAAGAUGCCGCACUUGGACAUCAGCAAGUUCGACGACUACAACAAGUCGGACGCCUUGACAUGGUGGCAACGUUUCCUCACGGAAGCAUCAUGCCGCACUGUCCCGGCGGAUGACAUGAUGAAGGCGCUCUACUUACAACUGAWCGGAGGAGCGCAGRCAUGGAUGAAUYAUCUGGCGGCUACCAAGAAAUGCACCAUCRCCGAACUCCACACACACAUUCCAACCUUGCCAAGGCCGCAUUGCAACGCCUUGAUGGCAAAUCUACGCUCCUAUUUGCACACUACAGUACCAGCUCCGUUGACAGACGACGGAGUAGCGGUUGUCGAUCUCCGCUUCUAUCUUGCGAAGAUUGACCGCGAGUACGCCACCCAAAGGUACGCCGAAACCGACGCUCCUUUGCUCUAUAUCCGCAUUCAAAUCGGAAAGGYAACCUGUAGUGCCUUGAUUGAUUGCGGUGCGUCUCGCAACUUUAUGAGUCAAGCCUUUAUGGCCCGCGCAGGUCUUGGCCCGCGCGUUCGAAGGAAGAUGCAACCUACGCAAGUUACACUCGCGGACGGCCGCACGCAAAAGUCAAUUGACCGAUGCGUCGGCGGCGUUCCGGUAUACUUUGCGCCACUUGCGUGCGAGCCGGUGUCUUUUGACAUCCUCGACACCAAGUUCGACAUGAUUCUAGGCAUAUCUUGGUUGUGUAGCGCCGAUCAUCCGGUGAACUUUCAUGAUCGAACCGUUCACAUCCGUGAUCGGAACGGAGUGUUAGUCCCAUGUACGGUUGCGACCCCUCACACUUCGAUUGCUUGUCACAUGGUUUCCGUUGCGAGAAUUCGCGACGCCAUAGCUCGGAAUGACGUCGAGGAGAUGGGCCUUGUAUUCUUGCAUGCCCUCCCCUCGCCGGACGGACCAGCCGCGCCACCGCCGGACCCACGCAUUUCUCACCUCUUGGACGAGUAUAGAGAAGUUUUCGAGGCUCCCACCGGAACGGUUCCGGAUCGGCCCAUACGUCACGAGAUCACUCACGAGGCUGGUGCCAUCCCUCCGCGUGGAUGUAUCUACCGCAUGAGCGAAGAGGAACUCGCGGUGCUUCACACACAACUCGAUGACCUUUUCGACAAGGGCUCGAUUCGCCCUAGUUGCUCGCCAUACGGUGCACCUCUUCUCUUCGUCCGGAAGAAGAACAAAGAUCUACGGUUAUGCAUCAACUAUCUCAAACUUAACGCACAAACCGUAAAGAAUGUCGGCUCUCUCCCUCGGAUUGAUGAUCUCCUUGAGCGGUUAGGCGGCGCGACGUACUUCUCGAAGUUGGACGUGAAGUCAAGUUACCACCAGAUUGAAAUCCAGCCUCAAGAUCGGUACAAGACUGCGUUCAAGACGCGGUACAGGCAUUUUGAGUGGGUUGUCAUGCCCUUUGGCCUCACCAAUGCCCCCGCAACUUUUCAAGCAACUAUGACGACUGAGUUUCGCGACUUGCUCGAUCGCGGCGUCCUCAUCUACCUCGAUGACAUCUUGGUCUAUAGCAGGACGUUGGACGAGCACAUCACACACCUUCGUGCUGUUUUGAAUCGUUUGCGACUGGCUAAGUACAAAGCAAACCGCGACAAGUGAGAGUUCGCCAAGCAAGAGCUUGAGUAUUUGGGCCACUAUGUUACGCCGAAAGGCAUUCGUCCCUUAGCGGACAAG